AUGAAUAAUGGAACGAGCUUUCAAAGUGAAUUGUUCGAUGACAAUGAUACACAUGUAACAACUUUAACUUCCCCUUCAACACCCUUAACCACGACUAUUGAUUCCUUUUCACUCGAAGGGAACACCAACCAAAUAUCAACUACGGUUACCAGCACAAUAGUACAGAGUGUUCUUAGCGGCGUUACUGAGGCUAUCACCGAUGCCGUAGGCACUGUGAAUUCUUCCUUCCUCGGAAAUGAAUCCUCAACCCUGCAGCCUUUAUCAGCUGUUAACACGGAGAGUGCUCCCAUUAUUCAUAAUGGAACAAAUAGCAUCACUACGGGAAAUGUUCUCCCUGGAGGAAGCUCAGAAGAAUUAUUUUUAAUCCUAAACACUUUUAUUUUCUUUCUUCCCUUGCUUUCACUCUUAAUCGUAGUACCCCUAGCAGCGUGUUUAUACGACCGCACCCCACUAGGACCAUGGUACGAUAAAAUGUGUGACUUUUUGUGCGGUACCCCCGAAGAGGAUGAACACUUUAACGAAGAUGUAAAUGAGAUAGAUAAUGACCUUGAGAAAGGAGCCACCGAGGGAGGCGCCCGAAGGAAAAAUUCCCAUAGCUGUAAUUUAAAAAAAAAUAAGAAAAGGAAAAAAAAACUUAGAAAAGUGAAAAAUUCAUAUAGUUUUCAAAAUCCUAAUUUUACCGGAGCGGAUGUAGGAGAGCUUGACUUUACUUAUUGUGGUAAUGGAUCUGGAGAUAUCUCGUAUAAUUCCUCACUUUAUGGGAAUUAUUUUAAAAUGACUACGGAAGUUGAAGGGGAAAAGGAUGAUGACAAUGACAAUGGCAAUAAAGGGACUCGUACUAGGGGAAGAAAUAAUGAAGAAAAUGCUGUUCUUGAGGGCAUGAGUAGAGUGAGCAUUGCUUUUUGCUCUGCAUCACUAGAAUCAUGCACACAGGAAAAUGCAGAGGACCAUUUAUGA